AUGAGAAUCUAUUAUCUCCUCUUCGUGUUGCCCUUCCUGUUCUUGAUGCCUGUUCCAGGAAAUGGAGGAAUUAUAAGCCUCCUGCAGAAGCAGUUUUGCAGUUUGAGAAGCGGCCGGUGCGCUCUGCUAACCUGCCUUCCAAAGGAGGAGCAAAUCGGCCGAUGCUCUCUCAGCGGCCGAAAGUGCUGCCGAAGAAAGAAAUAAAAAAU